AUGGGCGAUGGGGGCGCCGAGCGCGACCGCGGUCCAGCUCGUCAGGCCGAGCCCGGAGGCGGCAGCGGGCCCCGCAGCGGAUCCGAGGACUCGCACAGUGGUGGCGGCGCCCACAGCCCGAGGGAGGUCGCUGGCACCUCGGCCUCCAGCCCCGCUGGCUCCCGAGAGAGCGGCGCCCACAGCGACAGGCCGCCGGGGCCGGGGGAGGCGGACCACUGUCGCCGCAUCCUGGUACGAGAUGCCAAAGGAACCAUUCGGGAAAUCGUCCUGCCCAAGGGCCUGGACUUGGACCGGCCCAAACGGACCCGCACGUCCUUCACGGCCGAGCAGCUGUACCGCCUGGAGAUGGAGUUCCAGCGCUGCCAGUACGUGGUGGGCCGUGAGCGCACCGAGCUCGCCCGCCAGCUCAGCCUCUCCGAGACCCAGGUGAAGGUCUGGUUCCAGAACCGCCGCACCAAGCAGAAGAAAGACCAGAGCAGAGACCUGGAGAAGCGGGCGGCCUCCUCCUCUGCCUCGGAGGCCUUUGCCACCUCCAACAUCCUGCAGCUGCUGGAGCAUGGCCACCUGCUGUCCGUGCCCAGGGCCCCGGGCCUUCUGGCGCUGACCCCAGGCCUGCCGGGCCUGCCUGCUGGCCACAGGGGCCCCUCAUUGGGUGACCUCAGGAACUCUUCUCGUCUCAGCCAGCUGGGCACCGCUCCCACGUCGCCCCCUCUGCUGCCCCCUCCACCGCCCCUCUGCUUUUCUGUGGCCCCACUCCUGGACCUGCCAGCUGGCUACGAACUGGCCUCCUCGGCCUUUGAGCCCUAUAGCCAGCUAGAGCGGAAAGGAGGCAGCCCUGGCACCCGGAAAGCUAACACUUAA